AUGUCAAGCUCGAUCAUCCCCACUGGCGAAGCUCCCCCACGGAUUCUCCCUUCGGAAGUACGAGUCGCUAUCAAGAGCAUGAAACCUGACACAGCCCCCGGACCUGAUUUUAUAUCAGCAGACUUUCUUCGGGCUGGUGGCCAUCCGCUUCAUGUAAUCUCAGCAGCGCACAUGACAUCCUACCUUCAGAAAGAAAGGAUCCCAGACCAGUGGAAGACCUCGCGAACCGUCCUUACCUAUAAGAAAGUAUUCACCAAGAUCAUCCUCACCCGCAUAUCUAGGACGCUGGAUGAAGCCCAGCCUCAAGAACAAGCUGGAUUCCGCCAGGGGUUCAGCUGCUUGGACCACAUCCAGACCGUGUCGAGGGUCAUAGAGGUUUGUCGGGAAUACCGCCUGCCCCUUGUUCUAACCUUCGUCGAUUAUGAGAAAGCUUUUGACAGCGUAGAAACGAAUGCAAUACUGUCAGCGCUGGUCGACCAAGGUGUGGACUCGUCGUAUGUGAGGACAUUAGCCAAUUGCUACGAUCAAUGCACGACUAGGAUACAGCUUUUCCACCGCCUUCUCACCUACCCAGUGGAAAGGGGUGCGACAAGUCGAUACUAUAUCGCCGAAGCUGUUCACAGCUGCAUUGCAAUGGAUAAUGAAAUCACUUUCCUGGGAAGAAAGGGGCAUACGUGUUGA